AUGGAUCAUAAAGCAAUAGCAAAAUAUGUCGUCGAACAGAACUGUGAGUGGGUUUUUAACCCUCCCCACGCAUCCCACUUUGGCGGAGUCUGGGAGCGCCAAAUUUCCACCAUUCGGCAAGUCCUUAACGGAAUGUUUUCUGAUCUCGGCCCUUGCCAACUUACGCACGAGCUUUUGGUAACACUCAUGGCUGAGGUGUCGGGAAUUGUAAACUCACGUCCUAUUUCUACAAUACCAUCCGAUGCAGAUCAACCUCAACCCCUAACUCCUAACAUGUUGCUGACAAUGAAGACAAAACCACUCGUUUCACCACCAGGAAUCUUUACCUCUCCUGACCUAUAUUCUCGCAGACAUUGGAGGCGAGCGCAGUAUUUGGCAGAUCAAUUCUGGAGCCGAUGGAAGAACGAAUAUUUACAAAACCAACAGAGAAGAUCGAAAUGGAAUGAACGUCGUCAUAACUUGGCCGUAGGAGACAUAGUUACCAUGAAAGAAGAAGCACAUCGCAAUGAAUGGCCUCUCGGAAGAGUUGUGGACGCCGUGGAAAGUAGUAAUGACGGUUUAGUCAGAAAGGUUAAAAUUGUGAUCUGGAGAGACGGAGAAAAGAAAUAUUAUCUUAGACCGAUAAGUCAAUUAGUAUAUAUAAUGAGUACAUAA